AUGAUUUAUCUGACGUUGUUGUCUUGUGGAAAAACCACUCAAUUGUUCACUUCUCUAAGAGGAGAAAAAAAAACAAUUAAGCUCUCGCAAUUCCUCACACCACGAUUAAAGUCAACCGAUGAAGGCAAGGAGAAGGGAAAAAUAAGGACACAAAAGGGGAUGACAUAUUCUCGCUUGAAGAACUAUCUUUAUGACUUUUCGAAUGAAGUAACAAACGAUAAAAAUCUAAAGGGUAAUGAAAAUUCCACCUAUUCAUUACAUUAG